AUGAGUAAUCGCGAUCUCGUUCCAGAUUUCGAUGAUACUGAAGAGAAGAAAGCAGCAGUAACUGGACCAAAGAUUAAGGAGCAGAUCCAUAUCCGUUACCAGCAAGUCUCCUCACGCAGAUCUUUGACCAUCAUUCAAGGACUUCCAAAGAAGCUAGAUUGCGACAAAGUUCUUUCCUUCUUCAAGAAGAGCUUGUGCUGCGGUGGCGAAAUCAUCGCUGAAGAAAACGGAACAAAAGUUAUCCAACUUAAUGGCGACCACCGCCAAAAAGUCGCUGAAUUCUUCAUCAAGGAGAAGAUUGCUCCAAAGGAAAUGGUUAUUGUUCAUGGUACUUAA